AUGUCGGACGAAUGUAAAUCACUCCCAAUAACUAUUGUCUCUAUACAUUUUCGCUUUUUUUCCAGCCAACUUGUCUUCGUCUUAUGACUAUAUCGGUCCACGUUCUUCCGCGCACAAACUCGAGUACAGUCCGUUCACUUAUUUCCUAUUUCGAAACGAAAAAAGGAAGAACAAAUGUUGGUGGAUAAUAGUUGGCGCUCUGAUUGUUCUCGUUAUUGUUGUCCUACUUGGAUUGGGGUUGUAUUUCGCGUUUAGACCCGGAAAUGAUGGACAUCACAGUAAGGACGAGAGAAUUUGGCGGUUAAUGAUGAUUGACGGCUCUUCAGACACAACUACUGUCUCUUUAUCAACUCAACUAUUCUCCUCCACGUGGUCCCCGAGUACCAGUACCUUAAUCUCGACUACAAUUACAAACACCCAACACGAAACUUCCACACUGCCCGUAUCACGUAGGUUUCGAACUUGUGAAUGCAAUUCUUGACAACUUUUCAGCAAAAACAUGCCUACCUUCUACCGCAACUACCCUAUUCGUCGGCUAUUCAAACGAUAUCGAUCCACAACUAUUUCUCGAUUCUGUGUUCACCACCCUCAAAACGCUUCACGUGCCCGUCUACAAUUUUGCGCAGUUCGCCAAUGUUCGGCUCGAUAGUGGGCCGCCCGACGAGUCGAUUCAAUAUCAUGACAAUCAACAGUACGUAUCUCGGUUGCGAGUAGAGCUAUCGAAAAGUUGUCAACUAGAAAAAUGUGUAAAAUUUGUUGAUGAACAAUUGUCUAGUUGACAACUUUUUGCUAUCUCAACCCGCAACAAAGAUGUGUGUCGAUUUGAGCAGAAGUUUCCUGAACUCGAUCAAGAAACUUCUUCCCGCCGGCUCUCCCGUCGCCAAUCCGCACAUUCCGAGCAAUUCAGUGGAGAUUGUUCGGAAAUUUCUGAGCAACACUACAAAUCAUUUGUGCGGCGCGAAAAUCUUCAUGCUUUUACAUCGUGAUUCGAAUUCGACGGAUGUGUCCGAUGUGAUCGCCAGCCUUCAGCGAAACCAUGCGUUUGUGUACGCGACACGGAUAAACGGGACGAAUCGGAUGAAGGACGAUGCAAUGUACGACCUGACGACUCAAUCGAACGGCUUCUUCGACGUCGCCUGGUAUAGUAGGAUCGAAAAAAUGCGAGAGGGAUGUGCCUACUUUACCCUUAUGACCGAAAACGAUUUGUUCUACAGUGUCAAUCUGAAGGUGAGCGGGCGGGGGACUAAACAGUUGCCGAUCCUGUCGAUUCCUCGUUCGGAUCCACCGGAUACUCCUGUCUUCAUUAUUACCGUUUCGGAGAAUGGUGCCUUGGACAACUUCAAGUACAUGAACCUUACCACUUCGAACAGUCGCGACGUUCCCAAUCGGUUCAGCUUUGACUACGAUAGACUUUUAAACAUUGUAUGUGUACAUAGUAUUUGGCAACUCUUUUUAAUAAAUAUUAUUAGGUUUUUAGGAGCAAGACACGAGUUAUUUUGGAGAAAGUGCCAUGCAGCAAGAUUUGUCCUUCUCCGUCUCACUCGAUUACGAAUUCUCGUCUUCUGAAGAGGUGCCGAUUCAAAUCAGAAGUUAUAUUAUUAAGUAAGAUGGCAUACAUACGUUUCACAUGACAAUUUGUUUGGUUUUUGCAGACAUAUCAUAUCCUUCUGGCCGCCGUAUUUUCAUUUAGAUUGAGAGCAAUCCGAUCGUGCAAAGUGGCGGUUCAAAAGUCCAUUGCCGAGCCUUGA